AUGCACAUCCCAAGUCUGCACACCUAUGGGGAAAGGUUGAGAGGAUGGGAAAAGGUGAGAGAUAGUGGUGGCACAGUUAAAACACGUGAUGAAGGUCAUCUGAAAGUCCCUGUAGUAAAAACCCAAGAAGAGGACAGGAAUCAAGAUGGGAAAGUGGACUUAUUGCCUUUUAAACUGGAGCUGCCCCUGCAGCCCACAGAGCAUGUGCUGGGCGUGCAGCUCCUCCUGACCUUCUCCUGCCAGUUGCACCGGAUCUCCACAUUCGUAACACAGAGCAUGGCCUUCCUCCAGUCCUCCUUCCCCAUUCCCGGGUCCCAGCUGUACAUGAAUGGAGAACUGAAGCUGCAGCAGAGGCAGCCGCUCAGCUCAGGCGACCUGGAUGUGGUCUAUGAAGCCUCUGUGAUCGAUGGCACCUGCCCUUUCACCUAUGACCUUGGCCUCACCCGCAUUGUUGCUCCUUACCAGGGAAGGAACGUUACCACUAUCUUCAUGGACCCUGAUCCCAUCCGGCUGGUUGGAAGGGCCGCUGAAGCUCCGUUUGUGAUCAAUGCGGUCAUCCGGUGCCCCGUGGAGGUUAUUUCCUGUCAGCCAGGAUUCUGGGAGAUGACCAAGUUUGCCUGGGUCCAGUAUGUCAGCGUCCUGCUCAUCUUCCUCCGCGUGUUUCAAAGAAUCAAAACAUUCGUGUUUCAGAAUCAGGUGGUGAGCACCAUCCCAGCAACAGCCGUGCCCUCGAGAGAGCUGUGUAAGGAGAAGGCGUCAUGA